AUGCGAGCCAUUGUGCCUCUCGAGAUCAAGAAAUCUUCUUCAUACCUCGUUGCAUUGAAGGAUGGCGUUGGUUUUCAACAAAGUCUGCUCAGCGAAAUCAAAAAGGCUACAGGUGUCUCAGCAUCGCUCACGACUAACCUCAGCGGUGGUCAGAUCUUCAAAGGAGUAAUCAUUGAGCUCAGCAUCGAAGUCGAGAUCCCAACCGCUAUCGAUAAAAUCAAAGAGUUGUCGGAUAUCGUCAGUGUGAUGCCUAAUGAGCAGUUGGAACCACCUAAGCUUGAUCUCAGCAAUGUCAUCGAGUCCCCGGAAAGCAUCACAAACGCCACAGUCAGCCACGGUCAAACAAGUCUCACGGCCGCUCAAAUGAAGCAACUGUACUCAAACGAUCAGAUCAUGAUGCAGGUCGAUACAUUGCGCGAGAAAGGAAUUACUGGGAAAGGGAUUAAGGUGGCACUUGUCGACGCCAAGGCUGAUACGACUCAUCCCGGUAUCAAAAUCGCGUUUAGCACAGACUUACGAGACUCUGAUGACCGCCACGGGGACCCAAUGUGCGGAAGCCAUGCAACAGCUUGCGCAGGUCUAAUCUCGUCUGUCCCUAGCAUCGCCGCGGAAUGGCAAGGCGUCGCACCUGACGUCGAGCUUGGGAACUACAUCAUCUCAGGUUGCAAAGGCGGCACCGUUGGCAAAAUAAUGCAGGCGCUCGAGCAGGCCGCGAUAGAUAAGGUUAACGUAGUCUCUCUGAGCCUAGGCUGGGGCUCUUACUGGGCUUUUACCGCUUUCUCUAGCGAGGUGCGGCUCUUCGAGAAGAUAGCCGCAAAAGGCAUCCUUCUUGUGGUGUCAGCCGGUAACGAUGGGAAUAAAGGACUCUACAAGGAAAAGAUUUCCUGUACGUCGCCAUCCAAUCUGUGUGUGGGCAUGGUCGAAAACACGCACAACGUGGCAUGGAACAACACGGCGUCUUAUGCACUAGAUGAUGGCACUGUUGGAAAGAUGAAAUGGCGUAACGGCAACAGUGGUUCGGGCAUGUACGGCUGGACAAACGUUAGUCUCCCCCUUUGGAUAAACCCCACGCUCGGUGGAUGGGCUGGGAACGGUGCAGAUGGAUGCGCUGAGUAUCCAGCAAACACUCCCGACUUGAGCAGGCACAUCGUACUUGUUCGCCGGGGCGAGUGUGGCGGCGAUGAGCUCAUUAUCCAGAAAGCCGGUGCCCAUGGCGCCAAAUACGUCCUGCUGUCCGACUUCACCGGAGCGGUAGAUAGGCUGAAUGACAUCAAUGUGAACGUGCCGAACGUCACGGCGGUUGCGUUCCUUCCCGGAAAUGAAGCGCAAAAUCUAGUAACCUUACUCCAGAGCGGCCGCAAUAUCACUAUCAACAUCAGCGGAAUAGCGAGCUAUAGUAGUAGCCCCAAGGGUGAAGGAAUAGGUGGUCGUAUCGAGAGACAAAGUUCUUGGGGCCCAACCCUCGAUGGUUCGACCGGAGUGGGCAUCGCUGCACCUGGUACCGAGAUGCCACUUCUUGUUCCUGGCGGUAAAUUUGGAUUCGGCGGAGGUACUUCGUUCGCGACGCCGGUGGUCGCAGGCGCCGUAGCUCUUGUGGCCCAGGCAUUGAAUACGACUGAUAUGGCUCGCGUGGCAAACGUGUUAACCUCGACGACUAAGUUCCUCGAUCGCGAUGCGGGAGGCGGAUGGGGUCCCGGAUACGCUUCGACAGCACAGCAAGGCGCGGGCAUGAUCCAAGUCGACCGCGCUGCCUCUGCGACCGCCUAUGUCAACGCUCGAAACCUGGAAUUCAACCAAACCAAUUACCGCACCUCGAAGAACGUCGAUAUAGUCAAUAUCGGGGACAAGGCCCUGGAGUUCGAAGUAUUGAACGUACCAGCCGGUACUGUGAAUUCACUUCGGGAAACACAUUGGAGCGGCCCUCUCGCUUUCGAGCCUAUCACCAACUACGAUGACAUCUACAACAAAGGCUAUGUGCAGCCCGGUGCCACCUUACAAUUCUCAAGCACCAAAGUGACUGUCCCAGCGAAAGGCAAAGCAACUAUCCAAGUCACUGCCAUCGACCCGAAAGACCCUGGCGCUGACCUUCUUCCUAUUUGGUCCGGCUGGGUCUUGUUCAAGGCUGCAGAUGGCUUCAACCUCAGCCUUCCCUAUCUGGGCUUCAAGGGGGACCUCGAUCGCAGUCCUAAGGUGUGGAGGGUCGAAGCCCAGAAGAAAGCUGUAAAUUUCCCUAGCGAGACGCAAGGUAUUAUCUGGUUUAGGGGCAUGGGUUCUCAUUGGAUCAGGACGUACCUCCAUUAUGCAGGUAACGGUACCAGGGCAUGGCCAGUUCCAAUAUGGGAUGAUGGCGAGCAAGCUGAUGGAGGAAUCGUGGGGACCGGUUGGUUUGGUGACCUCAAGUUGAAUCCGGGUUCCACCAGAGUUUCUGCAGGCGAGUAUUUCUUCAGGACUGAUAGUUUGCGAGGAUUCGCGGAGCGUAAUGGUCCGACAACGGCGGAUGACUUGGUACAUAUUGAUUCGGAGCCUUUCGCUGUCGCUUGGAGUAAUUAG